GUUGUGAGCACGUAAACGUGCUGCAGGGAUUGCACGUGUACCUCCUCGGGCUGAUGUACCCUUCUCUUGCUAAUAUUGUGUGUGUGUUCUUUAGAUCUUCUGAUGGCUCUAGCAUUUUUGUGACCAUGAACCGAGUCCUUGCUAGAUUUUGGGAUCAGCAACUGACACGAGGAGCUGAGAGGUUUAUGGCCUCUUGGCACAAGGGCGAGGAGAAGGCCAGCCGACAACGAGCCAUCAAACGAGGAGACAGCGGGCCCAAAAAUAGUCUAGAUACGGCACCAAUCAACGGGGCGGGAGGGGGGCGGGAGGAAACGGCGCGGGAAGAAAGCAAGCGAGAAGAGACCGACCGCGUGACGUGACAUGUUGCGGUUGAAUUUCAGCGACUAGUUUUUCUGUUGCCCUCUCCUCCGUUUGCUGUCGCGUUCAGAUUGUCUCUGCGGAUAUCCCUGUCUCUGUGCGAAUUUGUUCAUGUCCUCGUCUGUCUUUGGUUUAUUUCGUUUCAUUUUUUUUUUUUUUUUUGGCACGUACUACUGCUGACCCUUGGGGUCCUUCCGGAAGGCUACCCCCCAGGCUGGUGGUGCGCACGUUCCACUAUUUAUUUAUUUAUUUGUUUCUGAUUCUUUUGUUUUCUUGUAUUUUAUC